GGGGCGCGGCCGAGCAGCGCAUCCCUCUCGCCCACAGCCGCAGCGGCAGGAGCGGCAGCAGGACCGGCGGCGGCGGCGGCGGCGGGACAGCAGCAGGCGGGCAUGGGGACGGCGCUGGCGGCGCGGCUCGGUCUGGGGCUCCUGCUCCUGGCCCUCCUCCUACCCACGCAGAUCUACUGCAAUCCCAAUGGAACAAGUCCAACACCUUCAAACAAUUCUUCAGCAACUUCCGUUUCUCUGUCAACUGUCACAAAUUCAGUGAACAGUACCACCCCUCAGGGACAUGGAAAUUCUCUUCAUUCGACCACAAGUCUUCUUUUCAUUCUCUCAGUUUCUCUUCUGUAUUUUUGCUGUUAAGAGACUCUGGCAUGGAAAUGGCUACCACCCCCCACCCAGUUUCCUGAACCAUCUGAGAUGGCUAGAUCUCCAACCCAGCAUGAAAAUAAAUCGGUCCAAACUCUACAUCAAACCAGCUUGGUUCCACUCCAUACUCAAAUUAGUACCAGUCUGACCUAGAGAAGCACUCAGUAUUCCGACUUUCCAAAGCUAACCAGUGUGAAAAGACUGACUUCAGCAAGGAGGUAAAACGAUGAGCUCUUUCACCAAAUGAGUUGGAAUUUGAAAAGCAAGACAGAAGCAAAAAGACAGAAUCGACAACCCCCAAUUUAAAGCUGAGAAGAAAUGCAGUAUCUUACAAUAAGGAUGGAUGAUACCACUUCACUAAGAAAAAAGGCUAGAGGGUUUAUCUACCGUUUAGAAUAAGGACUUGAAGAGAUUUUUAUUUUCCGUUUAAAUUCAUUGAAGUCAAGAGGCUCAUAGAACCACUAGAAAACACAGCGAAGCUUGAGUGGUUCUGUUUCUCGCAUAGCCUAUACGGUUAUAACUUAUGGGUAGUAGGAUGUAUACAAAAGAAGCAAAAUAUCAGUGAAAAGGGUUUCUUCUAGAUUUUAUGUGUAUGAAAUUGUUACAAGGCUAAAAUACGAUACCAAAUUUUUAUAAGAAUCCUCUUAUUCAACUUCUGAGUCCUAACCAAAUGGCUAGCUAGGCAGGGCUAGUUUUGAAAUAGCUUAAAAACCACCAGUUUUCCCAAGAGUUGAAUUAUUGAUGGUGGGAAUUUGAAUUUGACAUUUUAUUUAAAUUGUUUGUAUAUUAAACCAUAUGUGCCAGAGGAUGGAGGCGUGGAAACGUUGGGAAAAGUACCAGGAGCCUUUUGUAAAUGAAGUUCAGACAAAACAAAAAAAAAAAUCAAGGGAUAAAUGUCUCCUCUUUCCCCUAUUUCUCCUCUCAAGUUCUACAACUUGUUUAAGUUCUCCUUGCUCCUGGAACUCUCCUUAAUUAUGAAGGAUUUAUGGAAUCUUUUGAGUAAUGUUUUAGGGCUGUGCUUUUUUUCUUGGCACAAGGUGAAUAACUUACUGGUUUGGGUUUUUUAAGAGUUUUAAUUGUGUUAGUUUACUUUAAACAUGGGCUAAUAUUUGCGGUGGGGAGAAGGAAUAAUGGGGAGAGGAGAGCAAAACGCCAAAAAAAAAAGAAAUUAAAUGAUCAGGUGUUUGGAAUAUGAAGACUGGAGUCUUAAUUUAAUUAAUGAAUUUAAAAGUUACCUUUGUAAAUACUACUUUUUUAAAAAUUUUCUGAUUCUAAAUUGCUACACUUGCACAGAUUGUUUCUGUAUCAUCCAACGCUUUAGAUAAUAGUAUCUGGUACUUGAUCAAAGCAAGAUUUGUUGAGGAGGUUCAACUACCUUGAUCAUAAUACCUUGUCAGGAAAAAAAACCCAGUGUUAAUAUGAUCGCAUGUGAGUACGCAUGAUCAUAUCACUGUGUGUAGGUAUUUAUCUCAGUAUAAGAUCAUGUCGAACAUGAGUGGCUCUCUAAUUUCUGGUUUUUUGUGUUUUUUUUUUUAAAUGCACAUCUGUCAGUUACAUUGCCACCAAUCCAGAGUAUCAUUUAUCAAUAGCAAACUAACACAAAUUCAUGUCAGUGGGUGUAAAUGGACAUUUCCUCAUGCUUAUCAUUUGUAGUCAGUAAAAUGUUAAUGAUUGUAUUUUUGUCUUUGUGUAAUUAUGCUUUGAUUUAUUAGCUACUGAUUUUCAUUGGAAAAAAAACCUGUAAAUAAACCAGUGGACAGGCAACGCAUUCUCGAUGCAUUUCCAGAAACUUCUACAAAAACUUGUAACUUGCCUGCAUAAAGUGAAUGAACUGUUAAGCAAGACAGUAUACAUGAUUAAAAACCUCAAGGUCUAGAAA